ACACAACAUAAAAGACCGAAAGACGGAACCAAACAAUGAUCACAUACGAGUAUUGAUGAAUGUGAUUGAACAAACAAAACGAAAAUCAAAAGACAAUUUAGGUGAGUGUGUCUGUCAGCGAUGGAAAUGGAGUGGAUAUUUUUGGGUGUGUGAAAUCCAGCGUGCUAAUCGACCCAGCAGGGAACGAGAAUUUUUUGGGCUAAAACGGUGGUUCUGACACACUGGAGCCGUCCUGGCCCCGCCCCUACUGUCAUUGACGCACUGGAGCCACUGAGGUCCUGGCCCCGCCCCUACUGUUGUUUACGCACUGAAGCCGCUGAGGUCCUGCCCCGCCCCUACUGCCGUUGACGCACUGGAGCCACUGAGGUCCUGGCCCCGCCCCUACUGUCAUUGACGCACUGGAGCCGCUAAGGUCCUGGCCCCGCCCCUACUGCUGUUGAUGCACUGGAGCUGCUGACGUCCUGGCCCCGCCCCUACUGUCGUUGACGCACAAGCCGCUGAGGUCCUGGCCCCGCCCCUACUGUCGUUGACGCACGAGCCGCUGAGGUCCUGGCCCCGCCCCUACUGUCGUUGACGCACGAGCCGCUGAGGUCCUGGCCCCGCCCCUACUGUCGUUGACGCACUGGAGCCGCUGAGGUCCUGGCCCCGCCCCUACUGCUGUUGACGCACUGGAGCCGCUGAGGUCCUGGCCCCGCCCCUAAUAAUAUAACUAGAGCACAUUCGCAUCAGUUUGCCGCUCAAUCGUGGGUAACAGGCAGUACUAUUGGAUACUACAGCUUGCUAGCUAUGCAUCCGUCACGGAAAUGCAUAUUACCUGCAUACUAUCACAUACCAAACAGACCGGUGUCCUUAUUUAAAUUUCCGAAAAACGAGCAAAUGAAGAAGAAGUGGAUUAAUUUUGUGAAGAGACACCUUACUAUAGAGCUGAGGUUCACCGCCAACACCCGCCUCUGUAGUGACCAUUUUACACAGGAUUGUUUUAUAAACUUCCAUCAGAGACAACUGGGAUUCACUCAUAAUCCGCUGUUACUGGCGAACGGGGCCGAACCGACCAUCUCCCGCCUCAUUCUUCCUCCUUCUCCUCCUCCUCCUCCCCCUCCCCCUCCUCCUCCCGUCCAGCCGACACCUACAGCCAUCAUCAGCAGAGUGAGCCCACCAGUGACUACAAGUAAUGUCAACUAUUACCUGUUAAUAAAGCCGUGCCAGCUUCCAACCACAAGAGAGACCCAGUGCCAGCGUAACGACACGCAGAAAGUCACUCGAGAAGUGGGAUGUCAGACAGAUCCCUGUGUGGGGGAACGGACCGUGGCUAAUAAAACAGGUUCUCAAGCUACUGUAGUCACGAGGAGUGCCACUAUGACCAACACCACAUCCCUGCUUCCUCUGCUCUGCUCUUCAUCUACACUGAAGCGGAGAGCAGGAUCACCUGAUAGACCAUCAAAGCGCCCUCUCCUGGAGUUUCCCUCUUUUCAGGAAUCUGUAAUGGGUUUCAACACGGCAGAUCCUGAUGACUCCAGCAUGUCUGAAUUGGUUGACACCACCAGUGAACAAGCACCAACCAAGCCGCCACAGGACAUGGUGAAAUACUUGGUAUAUGAGGAGUGUCUGCUUGAGCUUUUUAAGACCUGCCCCACCUGCUCGAGCGUCUGCAAGGUGAUCAAAUUUGUGAAAGGGACGUUCCUCUCUGUGACCCAGAAGUGCCAGAGCUGUUCAUACAGCCGAGAGUGGAGGAGUCAGCCUCUUCUGGGCAGCUCUCCGGCGGGAAAUCUGCACCUAUCAGCCGCUGUCUACUACACCGGCGGCUCGUUCAUGCAGACCAACCAGGUGCUCAACGCACUGCGCGUGAGAACCUUCAGCAGAACGACACACCGAAAUCAUGUGCGCAACUUCAUCCUGCCGUCUGUGCUGCGCAAGUGGAGAUCACACCAGAGCGACCUGCUUGAGCGACUAAAACAGAGAGGAACUGUGUCUCUCGGGGGGGAUAUGAGAGCUGACGGGCCAGGACAGUGCGCAAAGUACGGCUCGUACUCCAUGAUGGAUCUCCGCACUAACAAAAUUGUGGAUAUCCAGCUCGUACAGAGCAGUGAAGUGGGAAGCAGAGUCCGUAUGGAAAAGGAAGGGCUAAUCCGGAGUCUGGGAUUUCUAGAAAAAUCUGGUGUGAAAGUAUCUUCCCUGGUGACGGACCGACACACACGGGUGCAGAAGUUCCUCCAGGAACAGAAACCCGACGUUGACCACUUUUAUGAUGCGUGGCGUUUAUGUAAAGCGCUCAACAAGAAGAUAGAUGCCGUUUCAAAGGAGAAACACUGCAACAAGGUCAAAAUGUGGAAGAAGAGCAUCAACAAUCACCUCUACUGGUCAGCAUCCGGGUCAUCAGAUGGAGAGCAAACAGUGGCGAAAUGGACGUCUCUUCUCAACCACGUCCAGAAUGUGCACGUCCAUGAACAUCCGCUCUUCCCCAAGUGCCUCCACCCUCCCUCCACUGGCAAAAACAAGUGGCUGAAGCCCGGAACGAAGGCCAUCUACAAGCUGGAGAAGGUGCUGAUGAACAAGCGUGUUCUUGGUGAUGUGAAAAAGCUGAGCCCUGUCCACCAAUCAUCUGCCUUGGAGGCGUUUCACAGUGAGAUUUUGCGGUUCGCACCAAAAAACGUGGCCUUCUCAUACUUAGGGAUGCUCUGCAGACUUUACCUGGCUGCAUUGCACUUCAAUGAAAACUCUGGCCGUACCCAAGCGAGGACGGCAGCCGGAGAACUGCAGUUCAACAUUAAAGUUCCCAAAGCCAAGAGAGGGGAACAUGUGUCCAUGAUGAAGACCAAAUACUCUACGGAGUAUGUGACUGAGCUGACGAACAUCCUCUUUAACGAGGUCAUGCAGGACCCGGCACCCUUUGUGGCUGAUCUGAAAGCAGUGGCUGUUCCUGGAUCGCUGUGUUCACAGUACGAGCGACCUGGGAAAUCUGACGCUAUUGCUAGUCAUGUGUCCAGGUUAUGAGGGAACCGCUCUAACACACGGUGACCCAACAACCAUAUAAGCCCACAAUCCCUUUCUUAAUCAGAUGUAAGUCACCAUCUCCGCCGAACUAUUCUUGCCCGUACUCAAGUUUGUUAUUUGGGUAAUAUAUAUAAUAAUAUAUAUGGACAGAUUUGACAGUAAGUUGUGACUCGUUACUCAAAAACUGGUUGACAGCUGUCCAAAAUGUCUAUGAGAUGUAUUAAGUGUAUUGAAUAAUUGUGUACAUGGCACAUUACCAAACAAAUACAAUAGAUAAAGAUUUUGAUAUGAUAAAUGACUAGAUAAAUUCACAUUAUACUAUUAUAUUUAUAUAGGUUUGUUUUGGGUUGGUGGUUUUCUGUUUCUGAUAA